ACAAGGGCAAGGACGUGCGAGCAAGCGAGGAUUUCUUUUUUCUCACAGACCCCGAACGUUUUGUGAAUUUCUGCCGUGCAAACAGUCAGCCAUGGCAGCUCCUAAAGGAGCCAUGGACCGAGGAACAGUUCGUCAAAGGACCAUAUUUUACAACAGAAUACUUCAACUCCGGUCUGAAACUGACAAGCCAGCAAACAUGUUAUCUUGUGGCAAAGAACGGCAAAGAAGCCAUACGAUUCGAACAUCCAAAAGACAAAACCCAUCUCUUUCCUAUGAGCUGUUUUGCGAUGAAGAUCAAUCAGAUGAAACGUUGCCAGAAUCGGAGGACCUGGAACGAUAUGUUCUUGAAAACACACAAGGCACAACAAAGGCACUGUUCCUUAGAUUCCCAGUAAGAGGACUCUAUAAACUCCGUGUGUAUGGUGGCAGUGGAUACAACCCUCCGCAUAUCUGUGACUUCCGUAUCCGCUGUGAAGAGGAAGGGAAGAACCCUAACCCGUUCCCUCUAAAGAAGGACAUAGGAUAUGGUUAUAGUCAAGAAGCCAGGGACGCUGGUCUCGUCACCACCUCAGCCUACAGCGGCAUUGUAGUCAUGGAACACGGACAGAAGAUGACGUUUGAAUUUGAUGUUGAGAAGCCAUCCGAGUUUGAGACGAAGAUGCAUCAUCGAGACAAGACUCUGGAUGAACUCGAUAAAUACGUGGAGAAAAACGUCACGGACAAAAAGGCUGAGAUAACUGUGACAAUGCCAGAGGAAGGUCUAACUAGAGACUCGGAAUAUGCUCUGGAGAUUAACACGAGGGAGAAGGACAGUCAUGACUCCUACAGGAACGUGUGCAACUACUUCCUGACGCCGGACAAGGCCCAGUGGAAGGAUGAUUCAGACGCCAAACCCAGUAACCGUGUCCAGCAGAGACCAGCCCAUGCACAGGUCAGGGUUCAGCAGAAGCCUGCUCCGCGACAGCGACCACGGACUCCGGUUAGAUCUGAGAGUCCCCGGUUCCGCAUGCGAGAUGCCACCGAUCAAGAGUCCAUCGACAAUCUGGAGAGAACAAUCAGGGACUUUGAAAAGUCAAAGUUGGAUGAGAAGGAUGAAGAUUAUACCCGCGCCAAGGAAAGACUUGUGCUGCUCAGGAACAAAGCUAACAAGGAUGAGGCCAUAAGGAAGCGCAUGCGUGAUGCCACAAAGGAAGACUCCAUCGAGGAACUUGAAAAGUCGAUCAAAGACUUUGAGGAUGGAGACCUGGAUGAGAAGAACAGGGAUCUGACCAAGGCUAAGGAAAGACUGGAACAGCUGAAAAAGAAGAAGGCAGAAGAAGAUGCUAUCAGAAAACGAAUGAGAGACGAUACCGAUGGAGAUUCGAUAGAGGACCUUGAGAAAUCCAUCCGUGAUUUUGAGGAGGCCGGUAUUGACGAAAGGGACAGAGAUCUGACCCUGGCCAAGGAGAGACUGAGACAACUGAAGAAUGAUGCACACAAAGAGCCAGAGCCAAAGGACGAGCGGGCGCGGGAGGUGAUGCGGGACGCCACUGAGAAUGCUUCUGCAGAUGAACUGGAGAGAGCUAUCAAGGAAUUCGAGGACUCAGGCCUAGAUGAGAAGGACGAGGACUUAACUAAGGCCAAGGAGAAGCUUGUGAAGCUCAGGGCUAACAAACUACUGAAGGCUGAAGAGGACAAACUGCGGAAGAAACUGGCCGAUGCGCAGGCUGGCGACAACAUGGACGCUCUGGACAAAGCUCUGGAGGAAUGUAAGAGAGCCGGACUAGAGGACAAGGGUGACAUCACCAAGGCUGAGGAGACCCUGAUGAACAUGCACAAGGAAAAACUUGAGGAGGCCAGGAGACAGCGUGAUGCAGAGAAACUCCAGAAGGCUCUGGAGGAAGCGGAACAAUCGGCUGUGGCGGACAAACUGGACGACACUGAGGACUUCCAUGAGGCCAAAGAAACAAACGAACAGCUGGCCAGGGUCAAGAAGUUCAACAGACAGGUGAUGGAACUGAAUCCCCGCCUGGUGUCGGAGAUUGCCAGCUACAAGAGACCCAAGCCAUGUAUCCAGGACGUGAUGAAGGCGACCUACAUCAUCCUGGGAGAGAAGGAACAAUCUCUGGAUUGGCAGAGAAUCGUGAAGCUGAUGAAAACUAUUGGUCAAGGAAAUGUCAUCAGGAGAGUUGGCCAGUUUGACAUUGUCGGUGUGAAUUCGGAACAAGCCAGUUCGGCGGACAAACUCAUCUCCAAGUACGACAUGGCUGACGUUAAGAGAAACAGCCAUGGAGCUGGAACAUUUUACUCUUGGACCAGAAAUGUGGUUAACGAAGUGAACGGACAAGGGGAAGACGAAGAGUAAAACUCAAUACAGGACUGAUUUAUAAUUAACCACACAGACAGCUGUCCACAGCGGAAACUAUUAUAUAGGAUGCAUAUUUCUCCCUUGUACUUGUGUAUAUUUAUGUGCCUUACUAAUGUUUUAUAAAGGAGCCCCUCGGGAGCCUGGUGCCUAUUUACAGUGUAGUUCUAGACGCUGUAGUGCAUUGUGUGGAACUGAGAUGACCUUGUGUCUCUGUAAUGAGUAUCAUUUGUUUUUCAAUUCACAUUCCAAAGUCCAGUUUUAACCCCUCGAAAAGUCAAAUACUAGUAGUCAUUGGCACUGAUACACCCUCACACAACUGACUAAGAGCAAUACAUUCCUAGAAACUUAAACGUAUGACUCCAACCACUCUAACAUACAAUCACCCCAUAAUAGGUAAAUAGCUCUUUGUGCUUUCACUGCGUAUUCCGAACAAAACCAUGAGUUAGGUGCUAAUAUGGUGGGAUGUAGUUAGAUGUAGUGAGAUGUAUAUGUUAUCAGAACCUUGCUCAAUAAAAUGUCAUAUUCGAUAUAUCCCUUUAUAUUCACAGAUACAAAUUGUUACUUUAGAGUCGCAUCAAAAACAAAUAUAAGAUAUUUUUUCUUUAUCUGAAAAUGUUGAAAUACUAGUACCUUAAAGAAACUCAGUUUUGUAAUUUAAUGAUGUCUGAUACUCCUCUGUCUGAUAAGUGUCUUACACAUACAUGAGUGAUCCUUCAUAUGUUAAUGCAGUAUUUGACGCUCUGUUUCAUAUACUACAGAGUGGUGUUGAGACCAAAUUACACAGACCAUGAUUCGAAAUCGCGGGAUCACGUUAAACCCAUUUCAACCAAAUACUAAUAUUAUGCAAUGUCUUCUUUAACCACACGACGAUAACACAUGACAGUAAGGUUGCGAUGCAUGUUUGAACUGAAGUUAUGCAUACAAUAAUUCGAACAAGUGUACACAUAGGGCAAGCUAACAUUAAGUUGCAUGUAUUAUCCAAAGCAGUAUAUUCCAUUCGCUACAUUCCAAAGUCUGUAUUGGUUUUCGUAUUCACUUUGAUAAUAUAUUUUACAUAUUUGAUUUACAUUCAAUUAGAUCUUAAUUCCAUGCUAUAUUUCAGAGUAGCUGCGGUUCUUCCUUUUGAAAUAGCUUUGAUUUUUUCUAGUAUUACAUGUUUUACAAAAAAAUCAGUUUAUUUAUAUUAUCAUAAGUCUAAUUGACGUUACUAUUAUUUGGUCAAUCGUACAUGAUUCGAUAUCGGAUAUGUAUACAAGCGCUACUACAUGUUACCAUGCCCACUUUUAAUGUUUACCAAGCACAAUGGCUCUGUAAAUGCUUCCUUUAUUAGUAAACUAUGCUUGACUUUCAUAGAAAUGCCGAUAUUUAAGCAAUAUUAUGAACAUAUAUUCUCAAGCAAUUGUCAAUGAAUACAUCUGAUGUAGUAGAUAAUUUCAGUCUUUGUGAUAUCUUUUUUCUUUUGUUUGUUUGUAUAUAGAUGUACAGAAACUAACUCUGAUAUAACGGUAUUGGAGUGCGGUAUACCCUCUGCUCGUGUCAGAAAUCUGUUAAGAGAACGGUUUACUGCUGAAAGGGGAAGGGUCCGUCAGGACAGCAUGCUCCCAGAUGAUUUUUAGAUGACAGCGUAUUUUGGUGGGUGUACCUGUCCCACUGGGUUUCUUGUGUAAGUCUUUGUAAAAGUUUAUCCGUUGCGGCUGGACUAUAGGGUGCGACGGGGCUAUUGCUGUUCUUGGUGUAGAUACUAGCACUACACCAGUUGUAGAUUUAUCUUCAGUAAACUUUGCAACAGUUUCCAUAUUACGAAUGAUGGAAACAUUGUUUAUUCAGUUAGCUCACCUGACCUGUUCGGACAUCUUCACGCUAACCAAUGCCAUUGUAAUUCUGCUUUAGUCGUGCGAAUUUUAAAUUUAUAUGGUGGCUGUCUGUCAGGUGUGUACAUAAGUCAAUGUGUAUGUGAUACGGCAGUUUGUUUCUUCAAUAUUCACAAUUUACGUUCUCAAUAUUCACAAUUUACGUUCUUGGUUUCCAGACAACAUGCCUCGCGUCAGAUUGUUUCAUAGUAAUAAUGUAGCAAUUGACAAUGUUCUUUUAAGUGUCACACGCACAAAAUGUACCAUAUACAAUUCAUGACUCGCAGGAGACAAUAACCAACAACAACGAAAGAAAAAAGGGGUGAAAGAGCUAAAAAUAUAUAUAUUGUUACUAUUUAAUUAAUAAUCAUCACGACAACUGCCGUUUCUAAAACAUUUUAAAGCGUCAAGUCGGGGUACAUUGUUUUGGUAAAACGGUUUUAUUCAUUAAGUAAACAAAUUUCAUUAUUAUGGUAUUUCUAAACAAUUUGAACUGCUGGUCUAGGAUCUGGGUCAUCCUCUAAACCUUGUUCGAUAUGACAUACAUUUAAGAUGUACGCCUACAGUGUUAUGACAAUGAAACAGUGUAUUAACUGUUUGGGUCGUUUGUUUACAGAGGUUCCUGAGUGCACAUCAUAUAAAUAAUUCACAUUUCGCACUGGAAAUCAAUUUCUAACUUACAUAGUGCUUUGGACACUUAUCAAGCGGUUAGUUCCACCAGUGUUUGUCAUGUUUUGAACCAUGUGUGUUAUAUCACACAAUACCACUUCAUACUCUCCGAGUCUAUAUCUGUGUCAGGAGUCUUUACUUUGUGUGAUGUAUGUCAUGAAAUCGAAAAUAGGUAAACGAAACAAAGAAAGAAAACACUCUAUGACAUUCAGCUCCGAUUAAGUUUGAAAGUCAUUCUAAAACAUUUGAACACCAAACUUUCUUUUCAACACCGUGUACCAACAAAUACAGUUUCACUUUACAAUCAAAUAAUGUCAUGGUUGUUAAUCUGUAUAUGCCACCAAACUGUUUCAUGAUGUUAUGUAACGGUACCGGACUGAGUUGUGUAAACAUGGAAAUGUCCUCCUCUUGUUGUGACAGCAUCGUUGACAGUGAAAAGAUAUUUCUGGAUGAAGCUAUCCUUGAGAUUCGUCACCCAGUCAACAGUCACCGGUAUUCGCUGUGCAGAGUUAAGUCCCGUGAGUACGCCAGGAACCUAUGAUCAUGGGGUCGAAUCCCGAUUCGCCACGGUUAUGGUUCUAGGUUUGUCAGCACCAUAGGUGUUUUCGUUGGUUUCUCUACAGUGAUGAGCAUGUGAGACGUUACUCCGGGCUUUCCUCCCACAUCCAGAUGACCCGCCGUGAUAUCAUAGGAAUACUGUUCAAUGCGUUGGAGAACUCCUUUGGAGAUCACAUUUCUUUGGAUGACACUUAGAUAAAAUAACUGUAAUCAGCUGUUAUCCUUUGGCGCAGUAAUUGUAAGUUGACAUGGGCCAUUUGUACGUCCAAAAAGUGCAUUGACGCUUGAAUUACAAAACAAAAUUAAAAGAGAGAAUGAAUAGAGUUUCAAUGUUAACAUUAAACGCUCAUUUGAUGCUGUUCGAAAACAUAUGAAAUAUGCAUACAUUAGUUGCAUGUUUUCUUUCAACUUAAAGGCAUGGCCUGUUUUUAUGUUUUACAUAUGCGGAGAAUGAUAUAAUGAUCGUUGCAUUAAUUUACAAUAAUAUACCUUAAAUUCAUUACGUUUAUAUAUUUAUCAAAGUGAACUGUGAUAUGACUUGGAAGUGCUGGAACUGUCUCUUGUUAAUAAAAGCAAGCUAGUUCUAUUUA